AUGAAUUCUACCCGAGCUCCACGGUGGGCUCAUCCUCCUACAGACUGGCUGAAAUGUAAUACCGAUGGUGCUUGGCAUAAAGAGAGAGAUAACAGCGGUCUAGGUUGGAUUUGCAGAGAUGAGAAGGGUAGUAUGAUAUGGGCGGGGGCGAGAGCUGUGACAAAGGCGGCAUCACCGAUUCUUGCGGAAGCAGAAGCACUUAAAUGGAGCGCAGAGACAAUGACGAGCUUUGGUUAUAGGAAUGUCAUCUUUGAAUCAGAUUCUCUAACUCCGGUUAAGAUGAUAAACGGGAGUGAAGCAGUAUGGCCAGUCUUACAGUCAAUCAUUGAGGUGAUCCGUUUGUCUUUGUCGCAGAUUUAG